GCUGAUCCUCCAGGGAACUGAGAAGGUUUAUAGUCCUGUGAGUUCAACACUGCAGGACUCAGACCUGUCAGUGGAGCCAGCAGAAACAACCAGCACCAUGACCCUCAUCACCAUCCUCAUCUGGACGCUGACCUGCUGCUGUUUUACAGGAUGCAGCGCUCAGGUGACUGUGACUCAGCCUCCACUGGUGUCAUUUACACCAGGAUCCACUGCCACCAUCAACUGUACGACAAAUACUGCUGUUAAACGCUGGUCUGAUGAUGAUCAAGGUAUGCAGGCUACCGGUAUCAGUAGAAAAAAACACAUCAGUUAGCGCAACAAAUCAAUAACUUUAACAUUUAGCCUUUUUUGCAGAGAACAUCUCAGACUCUAUGUUUCAAAUGCGAUUAUUUUCCCCCCAUUGAUUCCACGUGUAUCUUAUAAUUCACCCAUUCCGCUAGAGGGCGCUGUUGAUCAGGCAAUGGAGCCCAUGUUGGCACGGGAGGAGGAAACUACAACAAUGCAAACAAACGAAACCUUUUUCUUUUCCCAUAUGAAUGUGUAACACGUUUGAAGCAUCACCUCCUCCACGAUAUCCCGGAACACUGACCCCAUGGGAGGGGGGCGGCAUGCUGUUGGGAUCUUCCCGUCCUCCAGUCGCCGACAGGUAACCUCGAUCUCCGGCUGUGGUCGCAGCGAAAAUGUGUGGCCAGAGAGGAAACCCGCUGAAAACAACACUUCAGCUGAUGUCUCAGCUUCUGUGGGUGGUGGGUCUGGUUCUGGCCAUGGGGGGAGUCUACCUUCUGAUGAAGUACAGACACUACAGCUUGUUUUUUACUCAAACCUACAUCCUCCUUCCAGUGGCCUUCACUCUCUGCAGCGCUGCCUUACUUCUCGGCACCGGCUUCCUCGGCACCUGGCUGAGCCUCAGGGACUCCCGUUGUCUGCAAGGACUGUUUGUUUAUCUGCUGGUUGUGAUCUUCUGCCUGGGAAGCACCGCCUCUGCCCUGGCCUACGUCCAAUCCAGAAAGUUGGAUACUGAGACGGCAUCUCUCGGCGAGGUGUUUCAGAACUACACCGGCAGCAGUCGGGACAUAAACUCUCGGGCUGUUGAUGCUACCCAAGAGGAGCUCCAGUGCUGCGGCGUCAGCAACUACACAGACUGGCUGGGCGCCUCUUGGCUUAAUCAAACUGGUGAAAAUUUGGUUCCUCGCAGCUGCUGUAACACUACCUUCCCCUCAUGUGAUGGCAAUGUGGACGAGCCUUGGAAGCUUUACCAUCAGGGCUGCCAGGGGAAGCUGGAGAUGACUUUUCAGUUUAUAUUGAGAUUUAUCAUGUGGGGCUCCCUCCUGGGUUUUCUGACGGAGGUCGUGUUGCUUUCUACGAUGGCACAGGUGAUGAUGAUGAUGAUGGAACGACAGCCUUUUAGAUAUCAAGUAUUGGAAAACAGCUAAAGCCAAAAAGGAAAGCACUGGUCCCACCACUGGCAAUUUUAUGUAAUUACAUAUAGUUGCCAUUGAAAUUACAGGAUCAUUUUACCCCAAAAAGAUGACUGUUUCUUGUUAUCAAUACACUGUGGAACCAUUUAGGGUUUGUUAUAUUUUUGAAACGGGGGUAAAUGUGUUUUUAUAUUUGCAAGAAAAUACCUAACUAAUUAUUUGGUUCAUGUCAAUAAAUACCAAUGAAAUCAAA